AUGGAUGAUGAGGAUGAAUGGUUCGAGAAUGUGAUGGACGACGGCGACGAUAUGAUGGCGCUGAGCCACAUCCUGUUCAACCCUAUCCCAUACAUGUUCUCCAGCGAUGAAUCUAGCAGCAGUGAUGAUGAUGAUGAACGUAUUCUUCGCGGCGGUUCUUCAGUCGGCCGAUGCCGCAACAAACCACGCGACCAUCGAAUGGGUUUGGAGAGGCUGUACCGAGACUACUUCUCCUUCUCGCCGGUGUACGACAGUGCCGACUUCCGUAGUCGCAUUCCGAUGCGCAUGGUGGUGUUCCAGCGUGUUCACGAUGGCGUCCUCCGCGCGGAUCCAUACUUCACGCAGAGGGCAGACGCGUGCGGCGUACUGCGCCUGGACACUUACCAGAAGGUUACAACGGCGCUGAGGAUGCUGGCCAACGGGUGCGCGGCCGAUGCUCUCGAUGAGAACAUGACGAUGGCGGAAUCGACAACAUUGGAAUCUUUGAGUCGAUUCUGCAGAGCUCUCAAUGACACGUUUGGUGACAUCUACUUGCGAGCGCCCACAGUCGAAGACCUUGAGCGAAUCUGCACAACCAACGGGGUACUCCAAGCCCGCUAUCAAAUCAUCGACAAGCCGUGCAAGUAG